AUUAUUUUCCCCACAAAUAUACGCACUCUUCUAUUGUAUACACAUUUCUAUCUUUUCCUCAAACACAAGGCAAAUGGCACUCAUCAAAUCAUUAACAAUUUCUCUUCUCUUUUUCUUUCUAUUUUCACUAACAAACCUCUCAAAUGCAUUGAAAAACCCCCAAAAAACCACCCAAAGGCCUAGAAAACCAUGCAAGAGGAUGGUUUACUACUUCCAUGACGUAGUCUACAACGGCAAGAAUGCCAAAAAUGCCACUUCAGCCAUCGUAGCAGCGCCCGCUUGGGGUAACAGAACCAUUUUUGCCGGCCAAAAUCGGUUUGGUGAUGUAGUGGUUUUCGACGAUCCUAUUACACUUACAAAUGAUUUUCACUCCACCCCAGUAGGGCGCGCCCAAGGGUUCUACUUAUACGACAAGAAGGACGUGUUUACAUCUUGGUUCGGAUUCUCUUUCGUGUUCAACUCUACUGAGCAUAAGGGGUCGUUAAACUUUGCAGGGGCUAACCCGUCGACAAACAAGGCUAGGGACAUCUCUGUUAUUGGAGGAACUGGUGAUUUCUUCAUGGCUAGGGGUGUUGCUACAUUGGUGACUGAUGCUUUCGAAGAUGAUGUUUAUUUUCGACUUCGUACUGAUGUUAAGCUCUAUGAAUGUUGGUAAUUAUAUAAUUCAUGGUUUGCGUAAGGCUUUUAAGGGUGCAACAUUUCUAGAAAGUUUGUUGCAUUUUAUUCACCAUAAUUGUGUGUAACCAAGAUCAUUUGAAUUUUAACAAUGAGUGAAAUUGUGUACUUUUAAUUGUUUUACCUUUUGAAAGUUUGUGUACUUUAAUA